AUGGCCUCCAAAAGUUCGAGCAGCUCGUCUAUGAACGAAAGAACCGAUGAGGCUCGUAUGUUUUCAUUUUACGAGAAGAUGCCCAAAGACUCAAAUACAUUACGCGUCUUUGAUCGUGGAGAAACAUAUGUAGCCAUUGGAGAAGACGCUUCUUUUGUCGCCGAAAAUGCCUACCAUACAACUUCAGUCCUUAAAUACCAUAAUCAGUCUAAUCUCUCUUUCUGUACUAUGUUUCCUUCUUUGUUCAUAAAAUUUGCUGAAGAGGUAUUAUCAAACUAUGCAAAACGAGUGGAAAUUUGGGGCUCCAACAAAAGCAAAACCGGGUUUGAAUUGCUAAAUCAAGCAAGUCCUGGUAAUAUGCAGAUGAUUGAGGAUUUAAUGAUGAACAGUGAUGCGACAAAAGAUCCUACUGUUAACGUUGAUAAUUCGGGUGGUUCUAUAUUACUAGCAGUUACUACCCGUGUGAAACAGGAUCAACGUGUUGUCGGUGUAGCGUUUAUAGACCCGUUCACAAGGAAAAUAGGUGUCUCCGAGUUCGUUGAUUCGGAUUCGUACACAAAUUUCGAAGCGCUUCUUGUCCAAACUGGUGCAAAGGAAUGUCUUAUCUCUCAACAAGACGGGGAAAAUGCUGCAACCGGGACGUCGAUUACCAGAGCUGAAUUAAAUCGCCUUAGAAACAUAAUAGAAGGUUGUGGUGCGUUGGUUACUGGUAUACGAAACUCGUAUUUUUCUCCAAAAGACGUUGAAUUGGAGCUUGCAAAGGUGUUGGACGUCCCAGUCACCCAUGCACGUUUACCAGAGUUAAGUCUUCAGCUCGCCAUGAGCUCGUGUAACGCUGUAUUACGAUAUUUGGGACCAAGCUUGGUUGAUCCAAUUCCUUCGGAUGACGUUGAAGUACAAAAGGAUCUUGCACGAAAGUUUCAUCUAUAUGAGCACAAUCUGGAGCAGUAUAUGCGCCUGGAUGUAGCUGCAGUACGUGCAUUGAAUUUGUUGCCCCCAGCCAAUGGAAACGCGCAUCGUACAAUGAGCUUGUAUGGUUUGUUGAACCAUUGUAGGACUCCAAUGGGCUCGAGACAACUUAGGCGAUGGAUCGUUCAGCCUCUUUUAGACCCAAAGGCUAUUAGAAGGAGACACAAUUUGGUUUCUGCUUUUAUUGAAGAUCCAGAAGUUCGACAGCUCUUGUUAGACGAUGACCACCUCCUUCGUUCCAUCCCCGAUGUGCCUCGACUUUGCCGACGUCUUAUUCGAGGUUCUUCAAGUUUGGAAGAUGUUGUUCGAAUUUAUCAAAUGGCGAAAGCUCUUCCAAAUAUUGUAACUGCUUUAGACUCCUUGAAAAGUGAGCAUAAAGAGUUAGUCGACCAAGUCUACACGACUCCACUGUCCGCCCAUUGUAAAAAUCUAACAAAACUUAUUGAGCUGGUGGAGACUACCAUUGAUUUAGAUGCACUUGAUGCUCAUAGAUAUAUUAUUCGUGCCGAAUUUGACGAAGAAUUAUUGGAGUUACGACAAAGGCUUGAAGAGCUUCAAAGCUCAAUUUUUGACGAACACAAGCAGGCAGGCGUUGACCUUCAGCAGGAUACUGAAAAGAAAUUACAUCUUGAGCAACAUCAUUUGUAUGGAUGGUGUUUGCGUCUUACGAGAGCAGAAGCUGGCUGCUUACGCGGACGUAAUUCCCGUUAUUCGGAAUUAUCAACUCAGAAGAAUGGUGUCUACUUUACUACGAAGCGUCUGCACAAUCUCAAUAGUACAUAUAUGGAUUAUCAAAAAAGUUAUAGAUAUCACCAGAAUGGACUAGCUCGAGAAGUCAUCAAGAUUGCUGCAACCUAUAGUUCUCCCUUAGAAGCGGUUGGCCAAAUUUUAUCACACUUGGAUGUUAUAACAAGUUUUUCUCUUGCUAGCACACUUGCGGUUACCGCAUAUGUGUGUCCAACGAUACUGGAUUCAAGGAUGGAAAUAGAUACAACGGCCGGUGAUCAAGAAAAGACAAUUGAUAUCGUAGCUUUGGAAGAAAAUCCAGAUAUCAAUGAAUUGCGUUCCCACUUACGGUCUUCUCAUUGUGCUUGCGUUGAAUUGAAACAAGCGAGACAUCCUUGUUUAGAAGCACAGGAUGAUGUUAACUUUAUUCCUAACGAUAUUUUUCUUAAACGGAAGGAAUCUGAGAUGCUCAUAAUCACUGGACCAAACAUGGGAGGAAAGUCCACUUUCAUUCGACAAGCUGGCGUCAUUACAGUUAUGGCUCAAAUUGGAUGUUUCGUUCCUUGCAAUUCAGCUACUAUUGAUGUUGUAGAUAGUAUUCUCGCCCGUGUUGGAGCCGGUGACUCUCAAUUGAAAGGUGUUUCCACUUUUAUGGCAGAAAUGCUAGAGACUGCUACGAUUUUAAGGUCUGCAACUAAGCGUUCUCUCAUUAUAAUUGAUGAAUUAGGAAGGGGUACUAGUACCACGGACGGUUUCGGUUUGGCAUGGGCAAUUACGGAGCACAUUGUUAGAAAAAUUAAUUGCUUUUGUCUUUUUGCUACGCAUUAUCAUGAAAUGACUCGGAUGUCGGAAGAAAUUCCAACUGUUAAAAACUUGCAUGUGACAGCCCACAUAGGAGAUACCAAUGCUCGUGACGUUGCACUGCUAUAUAAUGUUUGCGAAGGAGCAAGUGAUAGAAGCUUUGGUAUUCAUGUAGCAGAAAUGGCGCAUUUCCCAGCCAAAAUCAUAGAAAUGGCCCAAGCAAAAGCCAUUGAAUUGGAGGCCGAAGAUGAGGAUCCACCAGUGGAAGAUGCUGAAGGACGGGCGAAGAAAGAAGGUAUCACCAUAAUUCGAAAACUUAUGUUAGAAUGGCAAAAUCAGGUGGGAAAGGAUAUGCCGAAAGAGGAAAUGCUCCAAAAGUUCCAGCAAGUAUUAAAGAGUCAUGCUUCAGAUAUUGAGGCAAACACAUGGUUGCAAUCCAAGAAGAACAUCUGA